GUGACGUCACCGCGCACAAUGGCAGCCAGCGGAACAGCGGUAACGGUCCUUACUCCCAACGGGAGAAGACAAACAGUCAAAGUGUCUCCAAACACACCUUUAUUACAGGUGCUGGAGGAGGUCUGCAAAAAACAUGGAUUUAACUCUGAGGAUCAUGGUUUAAAGUUUCAGAGGACUGUUCUUGACCUCACGCUGCCGUGGAGAUUUGCCAACCUGCCCAACAAUGCUAAACUAGAAAUGGUGACAAGCACAAGGAAGCAAGUUGUAGCUGACAGCCAGGUGCGGAUUGCGCUCCAGAUGGAGGACGGCUCUCGGCUCCAGGGUUCCUUCUCCAGUGGACAGAGUCUGUGGGAGCUGCUCACACAUUUCCCCCAGAUUAAUGUGUCCGGGUUGCCUGAAUCAGGAUCCACUCCCGUGUGUGUUUACAUGAGAGACGAGGUAAGUGGGGAAGAAGCACUAAAGAAGGCGACUCUCAAGUCUCUGGGCCUUACAGGAGGAAGUGCCAUUGUCAGAUUUUUACUUAAGAAGAGCAAAACCCUAGGAGAGGAAGAUGGUGGAGAAGUCAGUGAAACGGCUGCUUCACCAGCCACGCCUGUUGCCAUGGAAACCACGCCCAGCCCAUCACCUCAGCCUGACCCUACGCCAUCGUUUCCUGAGCCGUCGACAGCUGUGCCAAUUACAAAUUCAAAGUCCAAUGAGCAAAUGGAAACUCUCCCUCCUCCUGCUGCUGCCGCGGUCACUGCAACUACAACACUUCCUGUUCAACGGGAAGAUGCUGCGAAGCCCCAGGAUGCAGUUCGGCCUAAAGUGUCUCCCACAGGAAGACGAACACCGGUGGAAGAUGAAGAGAAAGCAGGGCCCUCGGGACUAAACUCUCAGACAUCAUCUUCUUCCUCUUCUUCUGCUCCGACAGCUCCAUUCAUUCCUUUUUCUGGAGGCGGUCAGCGCCUUGGGGGUCCAGAGGGAGGAAGAGUUGGGCGAUCCUCUUCAUCAUCCUCAUCCCUGUCAACGCUGGCUCCUGCAGUGGAAUCACCCAAAGCCAAGAAAGCUAAAUCCAGCGUCGGUUCCAACACCAAGGUUAAAGGCGCUGCCAACUCGCAAGACAAUAACAUGGAUCACGGAGAGGAGUACCUUGAGCCGGUGGAGAGGGAGCCUCUGAUUUACCACCUGGACUCGGUGUCCUGCCGCUCCGAGGCCCACGGAGAUCUGCCCGACGAGUUCUUUGAAGUGACGGUGGACGACGUGCGGAAGCGCUUCGCCCAGCUGAAGAGCGAGAGGAAGUUUUUGGAAGAGGCUCCUCUCAUGACUAAAGCUCUGAGGGAGGCGCAGAUGAAGGAGAAGAUGGACAGAUAUCCCAAAGUGGUCCUGAGGGUCCAGUUUCCAGACAGACAGGUUCUACAAGGCUUCUUCAGGCCCCUGGAAACAGUUGCUGCUGUGAGGGACUUCGUGAGGAGUCACUUGGAGGAUCCUGAGCUCAGUUUCUACCUGUUCAUCACCCCUCCGAAAACCAUCCUGGACGACGUCUCGGCUACGCUGUUCCAGGCCGACCUGUUUCCUGGUGCGCUGGUGUACUUCGGCUCCGACGUUAAGACAGAUUUUUACAUAAAGAGGGAGCUGCUUCAGUCCUCUGUGUCGGCCUCGCAAGCAAAUGAGUCCAUUGCAAGCUGCAUGGUUCGGUCCCCGUCUCCUCCGUCCACCUCUGCGAGCUUCGAGGAACCGCCACCUCCGCCGCAGCCCACGGCGGACACCAGCAGUUCCACAAAAGACGAGCAAGACCCAUCUGCAAGCAGCCAGGCCGCGAAACCUACCAGAUCUGACCCGGGAAAGGUGCCCAAGUGGCUCAAGCUUCCAGGUAAGAAAUGAGACUUGCUGCUGCGUGCUGAUGAGAGGACUGAGCACGUCAGACUGAAUGAUGCACUUAAAGCUACGCUUCGAUAGAGGCUAAACUUAAGUGGACUUAACCAAUCACGGAGGAUGUUUGCACUCGAAUAGGUUUGACAAAAACAGUCAAGAUAGAGAGAAAAUGAUGGACUGCCGAGAAGAUUGCAGUGUUUCAUUCCAGUUGAUUGUGUUAAACAAAUAAAGAUUGUCAUACAAAAAAA